AUGUUUGUGCACAUUAUUCUUCGAUCACUGACCAUUGAGCGGGUCUUCGUUCGCGGUCUGGACGAAGAAGACGGCCUUGAUGGGCUGGAUCUGUUUUCCGAGUCGCAGUACAAAGUUAUGCGAAUGAUAACGAGCCACGCAGCUGCGGCUACGCUUCACUUUUAUCACACCAACACAACAAAUCACCCGGAUGCCACGAUCAGGCUAUUUUUGCAGUGGCUGAGGUCGUACAAGCAGCUGUUUCAAGACAAAUGCAAGCGAUGCGGUAAACUCCUCCGCGACGGGCUCCCGCCGACUUGGCGCGAUUAUCGCACCAUGGCAGCUUUCCACUUUCACUGCAAAGAUUGA